AACGCAUGUAGCUGCCGUUUUGAUUAUUACUGGUAGUGAUAGAAACCGAAGAUUGUAUCCGCCUCUCUUCUCUUCCUCGACAGGCCUCUGGCGGCUGCUUCUCUCGAAGUUUCUAGUGACUUCUAUUGUUUGUUUUCGGAGACAAUUGCUUCUGUAAGUAUCAAUUUUGGGAAAUAAUUCCUCUGGUUGGGAGUUUGCAGAGUGAAUGGGGGAAGCUGAGGUUAAGCCUAAGAAGGCUGGCCCUGUACAGUGCUCCAUCUGUAGCCAGAGGAGAGCCGCUCUUAAGCGCCCCAAAACCCUAGAGCAGAUUUGCAGGGAGUGUUUCUAUGCUGUUUUUGAGGAAGAGAUCCAUAGAGUAGUCGUUGACAACCAACUAUUCAAACCUGGUGAGCGCAUUGCCAUUGGAGCUUCUGGGGGAAAAGAUUCCACAGUCCUUGCUUAUGUAUUAUCAGAAUUGAAUCGCAGGCAUAAUUAUGGCCUCGAUCUCUUCCUUUUGUCAGUUGACGAGGGAAUUACUGGGUACAGGGAUGACUCACUUGAAACUGUCAAAAGAAACGAAAUUCAGUAUGGCCUGCCACUGAAGGUUGUAUCUUACAAGGAUUUGUAUGGAUGGACGAUGGAUGAAAUAGUGAAGAUGAUAGGUUUAAAGAACAACUGCACAUUUUGUGGUGUUUUUCGUCGUCAGGCUCUUGAUCGUGGUGCUGCAAUGUUGAAAGUAGACAAGCUUGCUACUGGACAUAAUGCAGAUGAUAUUGCUGAAACUGUACUUUUAAACAUAUUACGAGGUGAUAUUGCCAGACUGAGUAGGUGCACUUCUAUAAUCACUGGUGAAGAUGGACCAAUUCCAAGAUGCAAGCCUUUUAAGUAUACCUAUGAAAAGGAGAUUGUUAUGUAUGCAUAUUUCAAAAGGCUAGACUACUUUUCCACCGAAUGCAUUUAUUCUCCAAACGCAUAUCGUGGUUUUGCUCGUGAGUUCAUUAAAGAUUUGGAAAGGAUCAGGCCCAGAGCUAUACUUGACAUCAUCAGAUCAGGUGAAAAGUUUAGGAUAUCCACUUCUGCAAAAAUGCCAGAGCAGGGAACAUGUGAACGGUGUGGUUAUAUUUCUAGCCAGAAAUGGUGUAAAGCUUGUGUUUUGCUGGAAGGAUUGAACCGCGGUUUGCCAAAGUUGGGUAUUGGGCGGACUCGAGGCCUCAAUAAUGGUCUCGAGUGCGAUACAAAACAAUCCAAUGGAGUGAAGAAUAUCCAGAGCAAACAAUGUGGAACUUUGGAUUUCUGAGUGGCUUUCCUAGGGCAUCAACUUUGGUAGACUCCAAGAUUUGAGUCUCUUUUGAAGCCUGCAAGCGAUAUUAAGUUAAUGCUUUGGGGCACAUGAGAAGUGAUAGUAACUCAAACCAUAUGGCUACUGACGUCUAAUGGACUCUGCAAUGAAUUUCUUAGAUCUUAGAGAUAUGAGCCUGGUAGAAAUGAGGAUUCUGAAGCAAUCUGAAGCUUCUUCCUAUUUUGUGCAGUCUAUUUAUUCGUUUGCAUUUUGAUAUCUGAACCUUAAUAUUAUUGAUAUUGAACCCUUGAAUUCUCCAUAAAUAAUUACAGGAUUUUAGCUCACUA